ACCAGUACCAGUCGGGCAGUCGUGGGUCGCGUCGCCUGCGUCGACGAACCCGUCCGCGCGAGUACCGCGUACUUUCCGAGGGAAACUCGCGAGACUUCCGACGAUUUGGCGAUCACGACCGGACGAAGAGGGAAGGAGCGCGCUCGAGCGACCGAGAGAAAGAGAGAGAGAGAGAGGAAAAGAGAGAGAUCCGCCGUGUGUCGCCGCCGCGCUCUUGGAGGAGUGGGGCGGACCGAGAGAGAGAGAGAGAGGGAGCCAGCGGGCUGCGCGCGCGAGGGCGAGAAGGAAGACGAGCCCGCGACACGGAACAAGGUGUUCGGCGGUGUAUGCGCACAGUCGCGCGCUAGUUCCUGUGCGAGUGAGUAUCGCAGAUAGUAUACCGCCCAACGUCUCGGUACCCCACGCCACGACGCGCGCAACCGUAGCCGCCUUUGUCUCCUCCGCGCCACCAAAACUCGAGUCAAAGGCAGACCAUGUCGGAUGACAAUUCAUCUGUGGUCGAUGACCAGAAGAGAAAGAGAGGACGACCACCAAAGGUAGAUAAAGGCAAGGAGUCAAAAAAAAGAGGCAGGCCUUCGACGGACAAGAACAAUGUUCCUCGAGCGAAUAAAUCCGACAACGAGGACGAUGGACCACCUGAACCCGUAAAACGAGGUCGAGGGCGACCAAAAGGAUCCAUGAAAAAAAGUGCACCUGCAAAAAAUCCUCCGAGUCGUGGUCGUGGACGGCCAAAGAAAAUAGAAGAAAAAGUUGAAAGCCCAGUGACGGAUGAAGAGGAGCAAGAGGAGGAGGAGGACGAAGACAACUGAAGGAAAUAAACAUUUUUAAUUCAGAUUUACUUUCAAUGGUCUCGAAAGCCAAUUUGACUUUUGAUUUUUUUAUUUUGUUGAUUUGAAUCAAUCGAUCUUUUGAUUUUUUCUUUUCUUUUCUUCUCUGUCAUACACAUAUUAAUGGCAGUAAAUCUAAAGAGCGAACCAUUCUUGGGGAGAGUCAAAGAAACUGUAAGUCGAUAAAUAAUCUAUUUACUAUCGAAUCGAUCGUUUAUAUAUCUAGGGAAAAAAGUGAAAGGAAAACAUAAUACAUGGAGAAGCUGCUAUCCUUUCAUUUUUGUUCUUUCAUACAUAAACUAUUCGUUCGAUAGGAAAUCGUUUAAAUAUUGAUUUCCGAUUGCUUUAGUUCUCCCCACCUUCGUAUAAAAAUACAAUUUGCGAAUGGACUGUAGACCCUAUAUGAAAGGAGGUAAAAAAAAAAAUGAAAAAAGAUCAAUUUGAAUAUCCUGUAAUAUCUUUGAUUUUAAACAUUUGUACAAUAUAAAUUGGAGUCGCGUGCCCGAAUUACCCUUCUCUACUCCUACGCGCGUUAUUCGCUAUGAUAAAUGGUAAUUCUACAGUGCGCGAAAGUUAGAGGUUUUAAGGAUUAGCGAAAUUUAAUAUAGAAUACUUGCGAAACAAAAAAAAAUACUGAAAAUUACACAACUUAAACACUGGGAAAAGUGUACACCGAUGUCCUGUUUUUGAAACAUGCAUACAUUGUGUGAAUGUCAAGUUUGUAUGAAAUAAAUGAAUUCACAAAAAGAAAGGAGUAACACGUUGAAAUUUGUAUAAUUGUGUUUUUUUGUGGUUCGAUUACAGGGCAUAAUUUACAGUCGAAAUAAUCUAAUAAAUAUUCGUAAGUGUAGUACAGUCUUGCAAUUCAGGAGGUAUACAAUGCGUUACAAUUACACAAUCUAGAAUACCGUCAUAACUAUGUACGUUACUUGGAAUAAUAUACGGUAAUAAGUAUACAAUGA